AUGCCUACCACCACCGCCACCGCCGCGCCGAGACCACCACCAUCACCACCACCACCACCAUCAGCAGCAACAGCAAAGGCCCCGGGCCCCGGUGCCACAGCGGCCCUCCUCCUCCCAUCAUCACCCGCGGAUACCCGCGCCGCCAACACCUCCAUCACCGAGACCCUCCACAUCCUCGACGCCUUCAACCACCGCCACCACAACCAGCACCGCGCGACGCACUGGUGGUCCUCGUUUCGCAUCCUCCGCCGUCGCCUCCAGUCCCUGCGCGAUGCUCUGCUCUCCAGUGCCCGGGCCGCCCCCGCCGGGGGCCGUCAGACGACGUCUUCGUUGUCGCGCUGGCAGGCCGUCCGCCUCCGGGCCGGCUGGAUGAGGACUCAUGUCGUCCCCCGCGCAUAUAUUGCCUUGACCCUGUGCAGUUCGUUCUCCCAGCUGGCUGCGGACAACCAACAUGCUCCCCUCGGGCUGCUCCUCCUCGCCGUUCUCGGCCGCGUCGACACCGUCUUAGCCACCCUCGCGCCAUCCGAUGAUGCAAAGACACUGCCGCCGCCGGCAGCCCAAUCGUCCCGUGCCAAUGUGACAACCGCACGCCCAAUGCCUGCCGAGACGGAAACGGAAGCACCGCCGCCAGACCUUGGCGUCGCCGUAUCCCGUCAAGAUGUCCCGCGCCCUGUUAAGCGCGAGAAGCGCGCUGAAGAGAGCGCGCCCUCUGACCACACCAAGAAGCGUUCGCGGGACGUCAAAUCCGAAGCCGCGGGCAGCGACACCGCGGGAAAACAACGCCAGAGCAACAAGAAGAACAAGAAGAAGAGCAAGGACGGGGGCGACGCCUUUGCCAACCUCUUUGGCUCACUGGCCUGA